AUGUCCAAAGGCGUCGGCGCCACGAAGCGCAAAAAGGCAUUGAAGGCUCGAGCAAAGCAAGACAACAGGAAAGUCGCGAAAAAGCUCGCUCAAUUCAUCGAAGCUCUGCCCAGAGUCUCAGAGGACGAUCUCCUUUCCUUUCAAUCCGCCCAUUUCGGAGAUGAUUCGAAACCGGACAAGUGGUUUAUCAGACCAGAGGAAGCGGUCGACUAUCAGCCUGUAUGGGAUGACGGACUGGGUUGGUAUGAGGAUGGAGUGAAGAGGACACUCACCGAUGAAGAGAUUGCGGUGUUUCGACGUACGGAAGAGUGGCAGCUGGAGCGGGCUGAGGAGAUCAGGCGGCGAGAGGCAGAAGGUGAACGAGUCGCUGAUGGAAACGAUGAAGCGGUGGAAUCCGAACUCAUUGACGAUCCAAUCGUGCAAGCGGACGAGGACUUCAGAGUGCUUCCAGAAGAGGACCUCAGAGUGCAACCGGACGAGGACUCCAGAGUGGAAGCGGACCAGGACCUCAGAGCCAAAUCGCCCGCCUCCAGUGUCUCUAGCCUGGAGGAAGACCUCAUGGAGUACGCUGGGAUCACCAAAACGGACCCGAAUCCUAGGACGGAAUCGCGACCAAGCAAAUCCUCGUAUCCGCGACCUGCAUCACGAGCAUCACAUGACAGCCGCAGCGGAACUUCAAACUCUAUCUUGGGUUCCAAUCAAAGCACAUCCAGAAGCAAGAGGAAGAAGAAAAAGCCUCGUGGCCAGACCGAGGUGCCAUACGAUCAACGACACAAGCGAAAGUGGGAAACUUUCAUCCAGGACCAGGAUCCGAUCGAAGGAUCACUGACGCACAGGAGAUUGGCAAGAGAGCUGGACGAUCAGAAGGAGAGAAGGGUCGAGAUGGAUUACUGA